CUCAACUUUAACUCAUAUAGGCAUGUUUGUUUAUUUUCUCUUUCGUACGAUUGUGUCAGUCGUACGCGAACGGUGAAAAGCUCAACACGUUGGAGUACACACACAAUGCUAAUAAUGCAUAGACAGUGAAGAGCAUGAUUAAAAUGUUUAAUUGAAUAACAAAAAAGUAAGUUUUUAUUUCUCAUCGGUGCGUCGAUUAAAGUGAACAAGAAAAUACACGGAGGAAUUUUCAAAGGCUGGUGACAGGUGGCAGUGAAGACGAGAAACAUAAAAAAAUUAAAUUACUUAUUCAAGCGCGACAUUAGUAUUUCUUGUGUUUGUCGUGGAAGAUAGUUCAGUCCGUUAAAUAACAUUGCAAUGACAUCAUCAUUUGAACGAAUAAAGAAUGAGUGCAAAAGAAAGGGAGUCUUAUGGGAGGAUCCGGAUUUUCCAGCAGUUCAAACAUCUGUUUUUUAUCAUCAAACACCGCCAUUUACGUUUCAAUGGAAGCGACCACAUGAGCUCAAUACACAUCCAAUUUUUGUAAAUGACUCUAAUGCAUAUUUUGAUAUUGCACCUGGAAAGAUGGGUGAUCGGUGGCUUGUGUCAUGUUUAGGUAUUUUAUAUUUAUCUAAAGGACUAUUUUAUCGUGUCGUACCUGCCGAUCAAACCUUUGAUCAACCAUAUUUUGGUGUCUUUCGUUUUCGUAUAUGGUGGUGCGGUGAGUGGCAAGAAGUGCUUGUUGAUGAUCGAUUGCCAACAAUAAACGGGAAAUUGGCAUUUCUACAAGCACAACACUCAAAUUCAUUUUGGCCUGGAUUGUUGGAAAAGGCUUAUGCAAAACUGCACGGCUCAUAUGAGGCACUUAAAUAUGGAACAUUACUCGAUGGCUUAGCUGAUUUAACGGGUGGAAUUACAGAAUCAAUGUCCAUAAAAUCUGAUCAAAUUAACAUUCGCCCACCUGUUCUACAUAGUCUUCUAGAUUGCACAAGUAUCAUAACGUGCACAAUUAAUUCAAGUCUAACCAACAAUAAUAGCAACCUUAACAACACCAUCAAUAAUAAUAGUAAUAGCAGCAAUAGUAGCAAUAACUCAAAUAGUCAUCAUACAACAGCAAGUGGACUAAACUCCGGAACAAAUUAUCGACUUUGUUCUUUGGAUAAGGCGGAAACUUUAAUGGGAGAUACUGUUCAAUUGAUAAGGUUGAGAGAUCCAUUAGCUGAUUCGUCUUUUGGUCAAACUAGCGGUUAUAAUGGUGAUUGGUCAUCAUACUCAAAUCAAUGGGAACGAGUAUCAAUGCAAGAAAGAGAUAGGCUUUUAGGGCAGUUGGAUGUUGGUGAAUUCUGGAUGUCAUUCGUUGAUUUUAUCACAAAUUUUACUCAUCUCGAGUGUGUUCAUCUUGAUUCCGAUACAGCACGUGAUGAACCAUCACUUACAGACCGUUGUCGUCGAUGGCUAAUGAGAUUAUAUCAAGGAACAUGGAAGCGCGGUAUAAGUGCUGGCGGAUGUAGAAAUAACCACGAUACAUUCCAUAUAAAUCCACAAUUGCAACUAGUUCUAAACGAACGGGAAGAUGUUAUUAUAUCAUUGAAUCAGCACAGCGUAAUGGAGCCAAAAGUCAUUGGAUUUACGCUUUAUAGUCUAAACAAUUUAGCACAACAAACCAAAAUUACAGAGUGCCUACCGAAAACAUUUUUCAAGAAACAUAAGUCGCUACUUAAUUCUCAAUAUACAAAUUCGCGACAAAUUAGUCAGAGGUGUUCAUUGGAGGCGGGACGAUAUCUCAUUAUGGCAACAACAUUUGAACCAGCUGAAGAGUCUGCUUUCAGUGUGCGUGUCCUCGGAAGUUCAAUUCGUUUGUCAUUACUCGAAACACAGACAAUGCUUCUUCUUGAUCCAUUCCAGACAACUGGAAUAUCUGGAUCAUCUUAUAAAUUAAAUCAAUUGAAUGAUGAUGUUAGCUUAACGAAUGGAACUACUCAAUAUGAGCCAGUAUUUCUGCAGCUAGCUGACGAUCAUAAAACAAUUAACUGCUUUGAUCUUCAAGAGCUCUUGGAAGCAUGCUUACCAAAUGACUAUAUUCGAAGUUGUGCCAAUUUAGAUGUGUGUCGACAAAUUGUUUGUCUAAUGGAUAAACAAAAUCGAUCACGAAUCACGUUUAAUGAUUUCAAACUCUUUAUGAUUAAUUUAAAGACAUGGCAAGGUGUGUUCAAGAUGCACACAAAAGAAAAAACGGGAAUUUUGAGAGCAGAAAGAUUUCGUGAUGCUCUAUGUGACGUCGGAUUUCAACUCAGCACUGACAUUCUUUCAAUAUUGAUUUUGAAAUACAUGAGACGAGAUGGAACAAUGAGAUUAGCUGAUUUUGUGUCUGCAAUUCUUCAUCUGACGAUGGCAUUUGAGCUGUUUAAGAGUAAAGAUACUAAUCAGGAUAAUCAAAUUAGGAUGAACCUUAAUGAAUGGAUAAAGUCGGUGCUAAUAUGUUAAAUAAACUCAUGAACCAUACGUACUAAACAAUGAGGAUAGACAAUACGUCUCUUUUGUGAUUUUGAAAGUUCAUUUGACUCUUCUUUAAUGAUGGAAUUAAUUAUGACAAGACAAAAGACAUCGAAAAAUAUUAUUUUGUUGCUGUAUAUCAUUAAAAAAUGUAUUUAAAUUAAUUUAUAAAAAGAUUUUCGCUCGUUUUUAUUUUCAAAACAACAAAAAAAGAAGUCCAACAGAAAAAAAAGAGAAAAGGAAAGAAAUAAAAGAAAAAUAUUUUUAAUACUGUA